AGUGUGCCCGCCCCUUCCAGGCUCCGCGGAAGCCGCGCUUCCCACGACCCUCGGCGCGCAGAAGUCGGUCGCUACCUGCAGGUUUCGGCCGGGAAGAGGCGACCAAGGCGCCUGCGUAACGGGCAACAUGGCUCAGGCCGGGAGUAAGGCAGCUGUUGUGCUAUGUAUGGAUGUGGGCUUUGCCAUGAGUAACUCUGUUCCUGGUGAGGAAUCCCCGUUUGAAUUAGCAAAGAAGGUGAUGAUCAUGUUUUUACAGCGACAGGUAUUUGCUGCGCGCAAGGAUGAAAUUGCCCUAGUCCUUUUCGGCACAGAUGGCACUAAGAACGCCCUUGCUUGUAAGGAUCAGUAUCAGAACAUCACUGUGCACCGACACCUGAUGCUACCAGAUUUUGACUUGCUGGAGGACAUUGAAAGAAAAAUCCAACCAGGUUCUCAACAAGCUGACUUCCUGGAUGCACUCAUCGUGUGCAUGGAUGUGAUUAAACAAGAAACUGUAGGGAAGAAGUUUGAGAAGAGGCAUAUUGAAGUGUUCACUGACCUCAGCAGCCCAUUCAGCAAAGAUCGUCUGGAUACUAUAAUUAGUAACUUGAAGAUAACCGGCAUCUCCCUGCAGUUCUUUUUGCCUUUCCCAGUUGUCAAGGAAGAUGGAACUGGGGACAGACAAAAUGGCAGUAUGCACUCAGACCACGAUGGACCCUCCUUUCCUCUAAAAGGAAUUACUGAGCAGCAAAAAAAAGGCAUUCAGGUGGUGAAAGAAGUAAUGAUGUCUUUAGAAGGUGUGGAUGGACUGGAUGAAAUUUAUUCCUUCAGUGAUAGUCUGAGACAACUGUGUGUCUUUAAGAAAAUUGAGAAGAGUUCCAUGCGUUGGCCCUGCGACCUGACCAUUGGCUCCAAUUUGUGUAUAAAGAUUGUGGCUUAUAAAUCGAUUUUACAGGAAAAACUUAAGUGUUGGACAUUUGUGGAUGCAAGAACCCUUAAAAAAGAAGAUAUACGAAAAGAAACGGUUUAUUACUUGAAUGACGAUGAUGAAACAGAAGUUUCAAUAAAUGAUACUAUCCAAGGCUUCCGCUAUGGAAGUAAUAUAGUUCCUUUCUCUAAAGUGGAUGAGAAACAAAUGAAAUAUAAAUUGGAGGGGAAGUGCUUCUCUGUGUUGGGAUUUUGUAGAUCUUCUCAGGUCCAGAGGAAAUACUUUAUGGGAGAUAAAGUCCUAAAGGUCUUUGCAGCAAAAGAUGAUCAGGCAGCAGCAGUCGCACUUUCCUCCCUUGUUCACGCUUUGGAUGAAUUAGACAUGGUGGCCAUAGUUCGAUAUGCUUAUGACAAAAGAACUAACCCUCAAGUCGGCGUGGCUUUUCCUUUUAUCAAGGACACCUAUGAGUGUUUAAUGUAUGUGCAGCUGCCUUUCAUGGAAGACUUGCGGCAGUACAUGUUUUCCUCCUUGAAAAAUAAUAAGAAAUAUACUCCCACAGAGGCUCAGUUGAAUGCUGUUGAUGCUUUGAUUGACUCCAUGAGCUUGGUAAAGAAAGAUGAAGAGGAGAACAUCAUUGAAGACUUGUUUCCAACCACCAAAAUUCCAAAUCCUCAAUUUCAGAGAUUAUUUCAGUGUUUGCUGCACAGAGCUUUACAUCCCCAGGAGCCUCUGCCCCCAAUUCCGCAGCACAUUGUGAAUAUGCUAGAUCCUCCCUCUGAGGUGACAGUAAACUGUCAGGCUCCACUCUCUGAAAUAAAGACCCUUUUCCCUCUGACUGAAGCCAUCAAGAAAAAGGAUCAAGUGACUGCUCAGAACAUUUUCCCAGACAACUGUGAGGAAGGACCCACCUUCAAAAAAUUCAAGGCUGAGGAAGGGGAGGCCCCCUUCAGUAUCUCCAGCCUGGCGGAAGGCAGUGUCACCAAGGUUGGAAGUAUAAAUCCUGCUGAAAACUUCCGUGUUCUAGUGAGGCAGAAGAGAGUCAGCUUUGAGGAAGCGAGUCAGCAGCUAACAAACCACAUAGAACAGUUUCUGGAUACUAACGGAACACUGUAUUUUAUGAAGAGCAUGGACUGCAUCAGAGCCUUCCGGGAAGAAGCCAUUCAGUUUUCGGAAGAACAGCGCUUUAAUGAUUUCCUGAAAACCCUUCGAGAGAAAGUGGAAAUUAAACAAUUAAAUCAUUUCUGGGAAAUUGUCGUUCAGGAUGGAAUUACUCUUAUCACCAAAGAUGAAGCCUCUGGAAGCUCCGUCACAGCUGAGGAAGCUGAAAAGUUUCUGGCCCCUAAAGAUAAUCCAAAUGAAGAUGCAGCAGCUGUAUUUGAAGAAGGUGGUGACAUUGAUGAUUUAGUGGACUUGAUAUAGGUCACGGAUGUGUGGGGAAUCUAAGAGUCGCCACUGCUUUCAUGCUGGGAGUUCUAUACAGAACCACCUGGAGGAGGCCGUUCAGGGGGACCCGGAGGCUCUGGAGGCGAUCCCUGCCGAUUGUAUGAGAAUUGAAUCUCCUAAGUCUCUGUGGAAUGAGUAUCUGCAUGUAUAUAAGGGAUAAUUUAGACCCCAUAUAAGUUUAUAAAAAGUCAUCGUUUAUUUCUGA